AGGGCGCCGUGGAGGAGGCUUGAGGUGUUGCACGCACCGGGCUCCGCUGGCCGGGCCGUACCGCUCCGCUCCCCGACCCCGCAGCUCCCGGAGCGAGAGGUGAUGCCGCAGCCUUUGCCGUGUCCAGGGGUGCCGCUCUCAAGAGCCGCUUCCUGCCCGGGAGAACGGUGACUCUCUGAACCUGGGAAAUGGCAGUGAUGGGAAUUACGUGCCAGGGAGCUCCUGAUCCAGCCAUCAAGCACAAGAAGGAGCUCACGGCUACCAAGGGGCUGAAUGAGACAGUGAGUGAAAAGCAGAGCAGUGUUUGCAAAGUAGAAGAGUCAAAGAAGGUCAUCUUCCACAGUCAGUGGAAAAUCCUGAAUGAUGUAAUCACCAAAGGAACAGCAAAAGAAGAAACAGGAGGAGGAUGUGCAUCAAUUUCUAUUAUUGCCCAAGCAGAAUGUGAAAACAGUCAGGAGUUCAGCCCCACUUUAUCAGAGAGAUCCUUUAUUGCUCAUAGUAAGCGUUACAGUAGCCGCUCAGACAGUCUUGACCAAAUCCCUAACAAUGUGGCCCAUGCAAGGGAGGGAAAGAUGGCACCUACCUGCUGGAGGGGGAGGCAGCGCGGGAAGGCGAGAAGGAAACGUCACAAGAAAAGAUCCAAGCUGAAAAUACAAACAGUGGCUGCUGGCAAGCGAGGCCCCAGGACUCCAGAGCAAGAGAGCUGCACUCCAAUUCCUGUCCAGGAGGACGAAUCACACCAAAAUAUUCUCUACAGAAACAGUUUUUGGGUUUCAGGAUUUAACAAGGACUCUAUGCUCCAUGAUCCAUUGUCUUUUGAGAAACCUGAGAAAGUUCUGUCUACAGGCCAACUCCACCCCCCAAGCAGCCAGUACAAAGCAGAACUGCACAAGUUGAUAAGCCCUAUUCAGUGUCUUAAUCAUGUUUGGAAACGGCACUAUCAGAGGGACAGUGUUCCACAGCCUGAAACUCUCCGUCCUUUUCCCUACAACAUACGACCCCCUCACUUCCCACAUCUGGACAGUUCUCUCCAUGCCAUGAAAUAUAAUGCCCUGGAGACAUACUUUCAUGGUGAUCUCAACUAUCAAGAUGGUGAGCAUCAACUAUCUGGCCUAAACUUAGAAUAUAGUUUCUCCAAAUGCAUCAACCAGUCCAUGAAAAGCAGCUCAGACAAGAUUUCUGUGGAGGAAUACUUGGUGGAUGCCUUGAAGGGGAGCGUGAGUCUUGGUGAACCCCAGAACUUAGCCAGCCUAGCCAAGACGUGGAGAGAAGGUGGUCUGGACCUGAAGGAACAAUGUCAUGAAGCAGAUGAAAAUGAAGGCGUGCUACUUACUGAGAGACUAAAGCCAGUGGAUUAUGAGUACCGAGAAGAGGUUCAUUGGACCAAAUGUCAUGGUUCUUUGGGCAUUGGCUCUUUUGGAGAAGUGUAUAAAAUAGAGGACAAACAGACAGGCUUUCAGUGUGCUGCCAAAAAGGUACAAGUUGAACACUUCCGUGCAGAGGAGCUAACAACAUGUGCUGCAGUAACAAGUCCUAAAGUUGUCCCCUUGUACGGAGCUGUGAAGGAAGGACCGUGGGUGACCAUCUUCAUGAAGCUGAUGGAGGGUGGCUCACUAGGCCAGCUAAUUAAACAGAGUGGCUGUCUGCCAGAGGACAGAGCCCUCAGUUAUUUGGGCCAGGCAUUAGAAGGCUUGGAGUAUCUUCAUGCUCAAAACAUUCUCCAUGGAGAUGUAAAAGCGGAAAACGUGCUCUUGUCUGAUGAUGGAAGCAGGGCUCUUUUGUGCGACUUUGGCCACUCUGCUCACCUCCAUCCAGAUGGCCUGGGAAAGUACCUGGUCACAGGGAACUAUGUGCCUGGCACAGAGACUCAUAUGGCUCCAGAGGUGGUCAUGGGAAAGCUGUGUGACUCCAAAGUGGAUGUCUGGAGCAGUUGCUGUAUGAUGCUGCAUAUGCUUAAUGGGUGCCACCCUUGGACCCAGUAUUACAAUCACCCACUCUGUCUAAAGAUAGCUAAAGAGCCACCUCCACUGAGGGAAAUUCCACCUUCCUGCAACCCUCUCACUGCUGAGAUAAUUAAAAUGGGUCUGGAGAAAGAGCCUGUUCAGAGAGCAUCUGCGUCUGAACUGAAAACAAAAACCAGUGUUGCACUUGAAGAAGUGGGAGGUGUGACAAGCCCCUGGAGAGGUGAAUACAGGGAGCCUAGGCAUUUGUCUCUGAACAAAGAAAACACUCCCCAGACAUCCCUGUCGCCUACAGUGAGCUCAGUUUCUGAGACUGGCUCUGACCCAAAAUUGGCAGUCAAAGUUUCUUAUGCAAGCCCUGUGCUACCACCACCAUCUCUGGACCAAAGAGAGGAGGUUGAGGGAACACCUUUGAAUGUGUGCAAGGAGUUACCUGAGGCCUGGGAUCCUCCACCUCUUCCCCUGAAGAGCUGCAGCCAUGUGGAGAGAUCAACAGCCGUUUCAGAGCAAGAGCUUCAGCAGCUGGAAAUAGAACUGUUUUUGGACAGCCUUUCACAGCCUUACUCACUGGAAGAGCAAGAACAAAUGCUUUCAUGUCUCAGCAUUGACAGCCCAUUUGUGUCAGAUGCCAGUGAGAAGAACUCCAUGAAGGCCUCUCACAGCUUGAGGGACAGUAUGAGCUCUGGGAUUCAUUCCUGGAACAGCCAGGCAGAUGGACAGAGCUUCAGCUGGAACAACCUACGGAGCCGCAGUCGGCACACAGACACUCCCAGCUAUUUCAAUGGAGUGAAAAUUCAGAUCCAGUUGCUAAGUGGAGAAAAUUUACACAUCAGGGAUUUCCACAGGACAAAGGUGGGAGACAUUGCCACUGGGAUAAGCAGCCAGAUACCAGUCCCUGCUUUCAGUCUGGUUACUAAAGAAGGCCAGCCAGUUCACUACAACAUGGAGGUCCCUGACUCUGGCAUUGAGCUGCAGUGCACCCUUGCCCCUGACUGCAGUGUAAGCUGGACAUGGCGAGUCAAGCAUGGUCAACUGGAGAACAGGCCAUGAAGCUGUUCCUGUUUUGGAGGUUUUUACUUUGUUGAAAGAAGGAAUUGCAAAAGCUUCCAACCACCACCCCUGCCGUGGAGCACCAAGUGCAGUUGCUGGUGUUUUAUGCUGAAGUAGAAUAGCGGCUCAGCGGCUCAGCAGCUCACUGCUCUCGGGCCUCACUUCUGUUGUCUGUUCUGAUCCAGUUCCAAGACAUGUCCUGAGCUUAGGUGUUCCCCAGAACAGUGGGAAUUACUUGUUUUGGGUGUGAGUGUUAGGUUGAGCUUGAGAAUGGUGGGUGGAAAUUCCUGCUUUUCAGAGGAAUGCGAUUGUGCUUUUCAGGAGCAGAGGGGGAUUGGAUGAGAACUUGUUGCUCAGCCUCCAAGGUGAAGCCAGUAGCUGCUGGGCUUGCCCAAAAGAGGAGGUUGGGUAUCUUCAGUGCAGCUGUAGUUGGUUGUGCCAGGGGGAGCUGGCUAUCUUCCCUCUAGCUGGAGAGAAAACUCAGUGUUUCUGUCAGCUUUGGGUAGCAUCAUCUCUACCUCAAGCCUUUCGCAUGGGGAAAAUCAACAGCAGUAACUGGCUGGGUUCUUGGUUUCACCUCCCACCCUUUCCUGCAGACACUUCCUUCUUGAAUCAGAAAAAUCUGUCUUCCCAGAAAGAGCUUUGCUUGCAGCUCUCAUCUUCAAGCUUCACUCCCUGGCUUAGGAGCUGGUGCUCUCUCUGGUGUCACUUCCAACUCUGGCAGGUAGGGCAGGAGGAAGGUAUGGUAUGUGUUGGUGGGAAGGGUGGAGGGGUUGUAUUCCUCCAUCCUCUUUCUACCGCUGACUUGGGACUCCUCGUGGACUGUCCCAUGCAGGCAGCUCCCCCUGGAAGGGGAAAGGGAUGUCAGGUCCUCUGGCUCAGACAAGGGCUGACUUUGACUACAGCAUUUAUAAAAACCUCACUCCCAGUUACCACCCCAUCUGGCCACUCAGCCCCAGGGUGGGAGCUCAGUGCCCCACGUGUGCAUGGUGUGAGCUCAGCCUGCCCUCACCGGCACUCAGGGACUGGCACGAGGCCUCCUGUCACUGUCGUUACUGCAAGACGUGUGCAUUGAGUGGGGUGGGCAGCUGGGCCCAGGAUGCCUUAAGCUUUCAACUAUUUUUUUACUGAUGUGUCAAUUGUUUUGAGUGUACUGAAGCAGCAUGGGUCCCAUUCUGAUGGGCUGGUGUUGGUAAGCCUCCUGUAAGCCAGAACAAAGGCAGAGGGAAGUGUAAGCUAGGCUAUAUUUAUUCAGGACUGCUCAAAGCCCUUACACACCUGGAAAUCACUUGACAGGGUGCUGUUGCUCUUCCAGUGUUGUAACUGCAGUGACCUCUGAGGAGGGGCUGUCUACAUCCAGGCUGAACAGAGAAAGCAAGGUAGGCUCUGCCAGAUCCAUGCUGGUUCUGGGGGCACAACGGGACAGGAAUGUUGGCAGUUUCCUCAAGUGAAGUUCACUUAGGAAAUAGCUGGGAAAGUUACAGCCUGGACCUCCCUUUCUGAGGAGCAAUGCUCCUUUAGGAACUGAUACUCCUUCCCUUUGGUCUCCCAGAGCACGGUUUCGAUAAGCUUGGCAGUGACAUUCCUCAUCAACAACUAAAGUUGUGAUCUAAUAAACAAGUGGAACUCUUGAGGAAAAAUGAAACCUGUCACCACUAUGGGUACAGUUUUUAUAGCACUUUUUGUUCUUGGCACUUAAUAUGUUGGCCAAAAUAGGCACCUGAUUAUAUCUGCAAUGCCACAUGAAGAGGCUUUUUAGUAAACAAUUAACACACUAUGCACAUGUCUUCAAGGAAGGAGUGGGGGCAGUGGGUAAGUUGGCUUGAUUGCUGUUUCUCAGAUGCCAUAAGCUACUAAGAACUGUAAGCUCUGGAGCAGGAGGAUCAGAAUGCCCCUCCAGGGCUCCCAGGAGCUUCCAGGUACAGAGUCAGUGCAGUGAUCAAACUCCCCACAUCUGGCGCCCUUCCUGGGCUUCCUGUGAGGCAGGGAGGAGAAAAACCUGUUGGUUGUUUCUAAGAAGAGUCUGUUGGUGAUGUGUCAAUCUGAAACACGAAAGUAGGGUCUGUUCCCAAAGGCUGCAUCUCAUGGCUUUCACUGCAGAAUGCUUCCAUGUACAGUUGUUUCGUACAUGGGUGAGAGAAUCAAGUUCUGCCAAGCUGUAGGGCAGGAUGCAGCAGCCCUCUGUUCCCAGGACUUCUGAGCUUCACACUUCAUUUAUAGCAUUAACAUUAAUAUCAGGCCACCUACAGAAAUAGAGGAAAGGUAGUGAACUCUCGUGAACCCGCAGUGUCUUUACUGAGUAGAUGGAGACAUCUGUGUUCUCCUGUACCCUCACACCAGCAUUAGCCAGUAUCUCCAUCCUAUUUGUUUUGUUCAGAACCUCCAGUCCUGUCUUGCUGCCACCUCAGGUGAGAAAGUGAGGCUGCAGACUUCCACCUCACACAUCUUGUACAAGACAGGCUGUGGCAUCAGCAGGCACUGCCAAGUGGGAAAGACUCUGGCUAAUACCACAAACCACCGGUGCUUUCUUACUGUCCUGAAUGUGGUUCUCCAGGGUUUGCAUGGUUUUACUGCCAGCUUGAGAUGUCCUCAACAUUCUCCUGCUACCGGGACAGUUUCAUUUGGCUGGUCAUUUUUGCUGUGACAGGCAUGAAAGUCCAGCUUCCAGAUGAAGGUUUGCUGUGCAAUGCUGACAGGAGACAAGCAGGAAAGCCUUUGGUUAUCCACAUUAAAACUGGGCUGAAAAUGUGUGUAAUAACAAGUGGUCUUUGGGACAGAACCCCAGGUCAGGCUACGAAGGACAAAUAACAGUAGGAGUCACAGAAACAGAUGGCUUUUGUUGUGUUGAUCCUUCCAAAGGUAUGGGAAAAUCACUGUUGGAAAGCAGUAUGGAGCUGAUCACCUCUUUGGGAUGGGCAGUACCGGUGAAGGCGAUGGAAUAAUGAGCUUGUGUUGAACGAAUGACACUUCAUAAAACUGUGAUUUCUUGAACAUUUUUGACCUGCAUUUUCACAUGGAAAAAGAAAUAAAGCUGGACAAAAAUAUUA